CUGGGUUUCUGAUGAUGCUGACAUGGGGUCAGAGCUACUAAACUUUAACAGAAAUGAUGGAGUCCUAAAUUAAUCAGUAACAAAAAUUACACAAAGUUUCCUGACAUUGGGGAGGUGAAUAAACGGUUCCCAAGGUUUCAUUCUCAACACAAAGGAAACUCUCACUGACUUGACAUGUUCUGGUUUUGAAUUCAGGCUGCAAGGUAAGAAUCCUACCAGGGAUUAUUCAUGUAGGAUGUUGGUAGAAAGUUGAAGAUACAGAGCCACUUGUCAUCAGAAAGGUGCUCUCUCAGCAGAACCGAAAAUAUUUCAAUGACUUGACAUCUUCUGGUUGUGAAUUCAGGCUACAAGGGGUCAUUGCCCUGAAAAUGAGUCUCUCUGGGGAGAGAGAGGAGGGCGGCCAUGCCUCGAAAAUGAGUCUCUCUGGGGAACAUGACACCAAAGCUAAGAGACCAAUCAAGCAGGAGAGACCAGCCUCCCCUGUUCCCAGCUGUGUGUCCAUGAAGAGUGACUGGUCUAUGGGUGAACCUCUAAACUUUAGAGAGGGAGACUUUUCUACUGAACAAAGAAACCAACAGGAGAGAUCAGAGUCAGAGAUUCUCAGUGGUCAGUCUUCCCAGAGUCAUCAAACAGACCUGGCCUCCAUAUUCAGUAUGCUUGAAGAGAAAAUUAUGACAUUUGUGAAGAACGAGCUGAAGAUGUUCAAGAGGAUUCUUAGUCCAGAACUCCCAGAAGGCUUUGAGAGUCAGAAGCAGGAUAAGGAAGUGGUGGAUGCUGAAGAUGAGAAGCAGGAGAGCAGUGCCAGAGAGGGGGCUCUGAAGAUCACACUGCACAUCCUGAGGAAAAUGAACCAGAAGGAGCUUGCUGACACACUGGAGAAAUAUUCAGAUGAGCUUGCUGUGAUUUGCCAACGUGAACUCAAAUCUAAUCUAAAGAAGAAGUUUCAAUGUGUAUUUGAGGGGAUCGCUAAACAAGGAAACCCAACACUCCUCAAUAAGAUCUACACAGAGCUCUACAUCACAGAGGGUGGAACAGGAGAGGUCAAUAAUGAACAUGAGCUGAGACAGAUUGAGACCACAACCAGGAAACAAGCAAGACCAGAGACUGCAAUCAAAUGUAACGACAUCUUCAAACCCUUAACUGGACAAGACAAACUUAUCAGAACUGUGCUGACAAAGGGAGUCGCUGGCAUUGGAAAAACAGUCUCUGUGCAGAAGUUCAUUCUGGACUGGGCUGAAGGAAAAGCAAAUCAGGAUGUCCAAUUUGUAUUUUCAUUCCCUUUUCGGGAGCUGAAUUUGAUGAAAGAGGACAAACACACUUUGAUUGAACUUCUUAAUCACUUCUCAAUGGAAGCCAAACAAUCAAGAAUCUCCAACUACGACAAAUACAAAGUUCUGUUCAUCUUUGAUGGUCUGGAUGAGUGCCGACUGCCCCUAGACUUCCAGAAGAACAAGAUAUGUUGUGACGUCACAGAGUCAACCUCAGUGGAUGUUCUGCUGACAAAUCUCAUCAAGGGAAAUCUGCUUCCCUCUGCUCUCCUCUGGAUAACUACCCGACCUGCAGCAGCCAAUAAGAUCCCUUCAGGGUGUGUUGACCAGGUGACAGAGGUACGAGGGUUCAAUGACCCACAGAAGGAGGAGUACUUCAGGAAGAGAUUCAGCGAUGAGGACCUGGCCAUCAGAAUCAUCUCACACAUAAAGACAUCAAGGAGCCUCCACCUCAUGUGUCACAUUCCAGUCUUCUGUUGGAUUUCUGCAAUAGUCCUUGAACACAUUCUGAAACAGAAGAGAGAAGAGAUGCCCAAGACUCUGACUGAGAUGUACACACACCUUGUGGUGUUUCAUACCAAACAGAAGAAUGAAAAGUAUCUUGGGAAAGAAGAGACAGGUCCACACUGGAAUAAAGAGAGCAUUCUGUCACUGGGAAAACUGGCUUUUCAACAGCUUGUGAAUGGCAAUCUGAUUUUCUAUGAAGAAGACCUGAAAGAGGCUGGCAUUGAUGUCAAUGAAGCCUCAGUGUACUCAGGAUUGUGCACACAGCUCUUUAAAGAGGAAUGUGGGCUGUACCAGGACAAGGUGUACUGCUUCGUGCAUCUGAGCAUUCAGGAGUUUCUGGCUGCUGUAUAUGUGUUCCUCUCAUUCAUCAACAACAAUGAGAAUCUAAUGGAUGAACUGCAUUCAACGUCCCUUUCUGUGAAGAAAAGACGCAAAUGUAAAGUUACUGUCUACAAGAGUGCUGUGGAUAAAGCCUUACAAAGUGAGACGGGAAACCUGGACCUUUUCCUUCGCUUCCUUCUGGGCCUCUCACUGGAGUCCAAUCAGAAGUACUUACGAGGUCUACUGACAACGACAAGAAGCAGCUCACAGAGCCAUGAAGAAACAGUCAAGUACAUCAAGGAGAAGAUCAGGGAGGAUCUCUCUCCAGAGAGGAGCAUCAAUCUGUUCCACUGUCUGAAUGAGCUGAAUGACCAUUCUCUAGUGGAGGAGAUCCAAAGCUACCUGAGCUCAGGAAGUCUCUCAGAAGCCAACCUGUCACCUGCACAGUGGUCAGCUCUGGUCUUUGUGUUGCUGACUUCAGAAAAGGAGCUGGAUGUGUUUGACCUGAAGAAAUACUCCAGAUCAGAGGAAGGUCUUCUGAGGCUGCUGCCAGUGGUCAAAGCCUCCAGAGCUGCUCUGCUGUCAGGCUGUGGAGUCACAGAGGAAGGCUGUGCUUCUCUGGUCUCAGCUCUGAGGUCAAACCCCUCACACCUGAGAGAGCUGGACCUGAGUAACAAUGACCUGAAGGAUUCAGGAGUGAAGCUGCUCUCUGCUGGACUGGGGAAUCCCCACUGUAAACUGGAGACUCUGAGGCUGUCACGCUGUCUAGUCACAGAGGAAGGCUGUGCUUCUCUGGUCUCAGCUCUGAGGUCAAACCCCUCACACCUGAGAGAGCUGGACCUGAGCUACAAUCACCCAGGAGACUCAGGAGUCAGACUGCUCUCUGCUAGACGGGAGGAUCCACACUGCAGACUGGAGAAACUCAAUGUGGAACAUGGUGGAGAGUACACAAUGAAACCUGGACUUAGAAAAUAUGUCUGUGAUCUCACACUGGACCUAAACACAGUAAACAGACUCCUCUCUCUGUCUGAGGAGAACAGAAAAGUGACACUGAGGUCAGAGGAGCAGCCGUAUCCUGAUGACCCAGAGAGAUUUGAGAACUAUGAACAGGUGCUGUGUAGAGAGGGUCUGACUGGGCGCUGUUACUGGGAGGUAGAGUGGAGUGGGAGAAGGGUUGAUAUAGGAAUGACAUAUAAAGGAAUCAGCAGGAAAGGAAGGGCUAAUGACUUUUGUCUUGGAUACAAUGACACGUCCUGGACUCUUUUCUGCUAUGACAACAGUUACAUUGCCAUUCACAAUAAUAAUCCCAUUGCCAUAGACGUCCGCCCCUCCAGCUUCCACAGAGUAGGAGUGUAUCUGGACUGGCCAGCCGGCACUUUGUCCUUCUACAGAGUCUCCUCUGACACACUGACCCACCUGUACACAUUCACCUCCACAUUCACUGAGCCCCUCUAUCCAGGGUUUAGGGUUUGGUAUGAAGACUCCUCAGUGUCCCUGUGUCAAACACAACAUGAUGUUUCACUCUAAUCAUGGUCAUGUUUAGUAAGACACACUGGAGCAGCAAUGUAGAAUAUCUCUCUAGUGUGUAAACCUCUCUAUCCAGGGUGUUUGGUAUGAAUAUCUCUCUAGUGUGUAAACCUCUCUAUCCAGGGUGUUUGGUAUGAAUAUCUCUCUAGUGUGUUAACCUCUCUAUCCAGGGUGUUUAGUAUGAAUAACUCUCUAGUGUGUUAACCUCUCUAUCCAGGGUGUUUGGUAUGAAUAUCUCUCUAGUGUGUUAACCUCUCUAUCCAGGGUGUUUGGUAUGAAUAUCUCUCUAGUGUGUUAACCUCUCUAUCCAGGGUGUUUGGUAUGAAUAUCUCUCUAGUGUGUUAACCUCUCUAUCCAGGGUGUUUGGUAUGAAUAACUCUCUAGUGUGUUAACCUCUCUAUCCAGGGUGUUUGGUAUGAAUAUCUCUCUAGUGUGUAAACCUCUCUAUCCAGGGUGUUUGGUAUGAAUAUCUCUCUAGUGUGUAAACCUCUCUAUCCAGGGUGUUUGGUAUGAAUAUCUCUCUAGUGUGUAAACCUCUCUAUCCAGGGUGUUUGGUAUGAAUAUCUCUCUAGUGUGUUAACCUCUCUAUCCAGGGUGUUUGGUAUGAAAAAUAUGUAGUAGCAUUACUUUAAGGUUAAUAUAAAUGAUAGGUGUGUACAAUCGUGUUACUCUGGUUGUGUAAAUUGCUGUUUUCACAUAACUCUGUACCUAAUUCACAUCUUGUCUGUUCCGAACAAAGUCUCUCCUCAUCCUCUAUUGUAAGAACCAACUGUUCUUGGUUCUCGUAGGAGAACACAGAGGAUUCUGACUAGUUGGCCACCUCAUCCACUAGAUAUGUGUUGGUUCGACACAUUGAGUCAGUUGUGGUGGAACCAGCCAGACUAAGCAUUUAUAAGUUUACUAUAUGAGACCUCUGUUGGUUUCUGUAUGUCAGAGCUCUUGGCCCAACACUCAAGAGUGUGGGGUCGACCAGCCUCAUUAUUGCAGGGCUCUCAACGAAUCACUUAUGGGUGCAGUGGCGACCCAUCAUUCAGGGCAGGUGGAGCUGUUAUGAGCCCCAAAUCUUUACCAACAUAAAUCAAAUCCCACCCAAAAUGGUGGCUUGCUUGUUUUGCAUGAUAUUUUGGCAUUAAUACGUGACACAUAUCAGUUUGCAAACAAUGUACAUUUUUUUUAUAUAUCUAUAUCAUUGAAUUAAUAAAGCGGCAUACAAACAUG